GUGCUAUAUACUGUAAAUAAAGCUACCUUGCCUUGCCUAAUACACUAACUUCAUCUUCCAAUAACAUCCUCAUUUGAAUAUGAUGAUGGUGAUGAUGAUGAUGAUGAUGACAGCAUAAGAUGGGUAAAACAUGAUGUUUUUCCUCAUAGUCGUCCUCCCCGUGUCCCAGGCCUUUUUCAGUACGAGAACCCUCCAGGCAGAACACUUCAUUUAGCCUGCCGCAGUGGUCUUUCGGGCGGGGCCACCAGUCUGUAUAAGAGGACAGAAAUCAUCCGACGGAUGGACUUUCACAUGUGGACCUGUUCACGUCUUGUGCUCCUCCACUCGUCCCGCCUCCUCUCUCGUUGCGACCUCGGCACUUCUGCGCCCACACAUCCAUGCAGAGUUCUGCCCUUUUCCGCGGGCUGCUGGUGGUCAGUCUGCUGGUCCUCUUGUGUCACAGCCAGACAUCCCAGGAAGUGUCUGUUGAGGACUUGGAAGGAGACAGAGACGAACCAGGAACAGACCGAGAUUUGGUCGAAGCACUGGAUGUUUUGCUUAGCAGGAUGCAUAAUCGGAUUUCCACAGAGAAGAGAGGCAACAUCCCUCUGUGUGGAAUGGGCGACCGGUGUGCCAUGAAGUUUGGGCCGCGAAUUGGGAAGCUCUGCGACUGCGGCAGAGGAGCCAACUGCAAUUCCUACCUGCUCAAGUGCAUCUGAACCACUCUUAAUUUGAAAAUCAAGUUUGCAGGAAGAAUGUGCACAUUUUUAAAACAACAAAUCUUCAUUCUGUUGUCGGCCAGCAGUGCCAGCAUGAUUUGAUGGCGUGUACCCUCCAGGUUGUAGCAUGUAAGGUUCAGAUUCAAUAAAGAAAUUCAUCAACAUUUUA